CCCCCAGAACUUACAGGACUCGUGCUCCCUUCAACUGACAUGUACAUUGCCUUAUUGUACCAGGUGCUCCAUGUAGGACCCUAUGAGAACCUGUGUAGCCCAGACUUUUUGCCAAAAAGGACAGCUGUAUACUCUGGGCUGCCAUAUAAACAGACAUAACCUGCAGCUUUACCCUUUCCCCCCUUUUUCUUGGAGCCUAGCAACAGUGGAUGGUGUGAUGGAGGACACAGCCCACACCUCUCAUCUGAUUGGCCAAUCCCUAGAGAGAACCCAGAGGAAGGGUGGAGUGAUGGAGAGAUUGGUGUGAGGACUGGGGGGUGCUGUAAGCUGGGACAGCAGAGAGGACAGCAGAACAAGCAGUGGGAUCCUGAGUGAGUUGCAGAGGCUGAGUUCCUGUGUGUCAGUUCCAGAGUAUCCUGUCAGCCCUAGUAUCAUUGUGCAAGUCCCAGCAGCAACAGCAAGGAACUCCUCUGGAGAGAGAGGGAGUGAGAUCAGUGAGGUUUCAUCAGUAACAGCUCACUGCCCAUAUAAGAACAGAGGAAGUAGCAGCUACAGAGAAUGCCCUAUCCAUGCAGAGACAGUGCUGUGAAUACAGCAGCCAGAGACAGCACUGAGAGGUAACUCCAUCCUCAGGGAGGAUUCUGUACAAGUAAACAGGCUCCCUGCUCACACACUGUCUACAAACAUUGCAGCUGGCACUACUCCAGGAGUAUAGAACCACUUUUGUCUGUGGCACAGCAUAACUUGUUGCCAGCAAUAGCACAAACUGCCUCCUCUUACAUUAAAUGCCCUAAGUCUUAGUAGAAAGGACAGCACACACAGUGCUAGUGCCACCGAUGCUUAUCUGCCAGGCCUUACAGACCAGUGACAUUGUACAUCAGAUGAACUGUGACAGCCAGGUUACAGUGCAAAGGAGGCCUGAACAGAACUACCCAGAGUGAAUGGGAAAGGCAGUGGAUCAGUUUUCCCUCAGUGUGGCCACAGAGAGGACAGGCCUUUAUUUACACUACAGGGACAUGUCUAAGAAAGACUAAAUAUAUAUAUGCAUAUAUAUCCACGUGUGGACACACUCUAAAGGGGGUUACAGACCUGUGCACAGGCGGAAGAACAUAAGUUGUACUAAUACUUCUGAAUACAUGGGAUACUCAGUAAGGGUAAUCAGAUAAUUGUAACUGGUAACAAACUGUUUUUCUUAUGCAUGCAUAUUUUGAUGGUAACAGCUUGAAUAUUUGAGUUAAGGUUUGAAUAGUAUAAUAAGUCAAUAUAACCAAUUCAGGUAAACGUGCAUAACUGCUGAGAAGGACGGUGAUGGGAUAUGCAACACCUGAAUAAUUAAACAGUCUAUGACAGUAUUGGCAUAAUCUACGGUGUGAAGACCAACUGUUUAUUAUCUGUACUUGAUGAUUUACUGUAACGUAUUACUAUUAUUCAAGUUGUUUGAUUUUCCCACUGCCUUUAAUAAACCGAAGUUGAGUUGACUGCUCCCUGAACAACCCACUUGUGCAGACGUAUAUCCCUUACAUCUCCGAAGUAUCGUGAACGAACUUCCAUCUUAAGUUGGUAUCCCGGUACACAGAUAGUGUAAAGCGGACAUAAUCACCAGGUAAAAGAUCAUCUACUCACCCAAUAACAUUGUCCUUUAUUUGCCCGGGUACCACAUUUGGCGUCAACGAACAGGAUCCGAGUGCAAUCAGGAGAAAACUCACUAAUUGAAAGAUGGAACAACAACAGGCUGCAGGAGGAGGAGCACCACCGGUAGUACAGAACCAGGAACAAGAACAACAGGCAACCCCGGCAACGACACCGAAUGCUCCAAUAACCUUACCCUACUACUUUGGGGCGCCGUGGCUUCCAACCUAUAGCGGAGAUGCCAACAAGCCACAGUGUACCACGUUUACAGAAUUCAAAAAUAAACUCAAAUCUAUGUUCCGGUUGUAUACCUUGAACGAACAGCAGAAAGUCGAGAUUCUGGUAGGUCAACUCACAGGGUCAGCUCUAAGAGAAGUCAUAUCCUGGCCCACUGAAAACAAGAAAGAGGUAGACCAGAUCUUAAAGAGAUUGUCCACUACUUUUGAGACAAAAACCCUCCCCGAGUUAAAAAUGAAGCUGUAUGCGCGCAAACAGCAACCGGGCGAGACCCUCCGAGACUACGCCCUGAGUUUACAAGAAACACUAAGAGCGAUCCAAGCAGUUGACAAAGAUGAAGUCAGAAAUGCAGACGAAGCGCUAACGAUUCAGUUUAUUGAAGGAGCCUCAAGGGAGAGUGUCAAAACCCAACUACGACUACUCAAAAUGCAAAUGCCGGGGAAAACCUUCCUAGACUUCAAGGAAGCCGCCAUCACAAUAACUGGCAACCAAUCGGGAAGAGAAGAAGAGUACCCAGAGCUGGUGGACUUCAGAGAAUCCUCAGAGCUGAUGGGAGCUACUGCUUCCAGUCCCGAAAGACCGAAACGAGUCAGAGAUCCAGUGGUGCAGAGUAGUCAGCACCCCUCAGGAGAUCAGAUACAAACCCUACGCAAGCAGAUGGAAGAGUUAACGGUGGGGAUGGCAGAGAUCCAGAGAGAAAUGCGACUCCUAGCGAGACCACCGACACCCAAUUCUGGAGAACCUAGAUGGAGGUCCGAGCGACAGAGGUCGGCCAGAAGACGCUGGGAACCACCUCCAGAGUACGGGCGGCGGCCUUCAGACCAGUUCGACAGCCAGGGUCGUCCCGUUUGUCAUCGAUGCCAGGCAAUAGGGCAUAUUGAGAGGAACUGCGACCAGAUCGAACAUUUAAACUCCAAUGCCCCGAGGACGGAGACCGAGCCUCGGGGGACACAAUAAGGUUAAAACCAACCUCUGAAGAAGGAUGGCCACACUAUGGCAGGCAAUGCCAUAUAAAUGCAGAUGAGUUAACCGACAUAUUAAAUACCGACACUCCUGUCCACACAAGGAAAAUUUCAGGAAAGGUCAUCUGGUUUCAUGUGCGACGUGGGUAUGGAUUCAUCAAUCGUGAUGACACCAAGCAAGAUACAUUCAUUCAUUAUACGGCCAUACAGAGGAACAACCCCAGAAAAUACUAUCGCAGCCUGGGAGAGGGAGAGAUGGUGGAAUUUGACAUAAUCAGGGGAGAGAAAGGUCUACGAGCAAUCAACGUCACGGGUCCAGGUGGUGCUCCAGUGAAGGGCAGCAGGUAUGCAGCAGAUCGCAGGCAUUAUUGGUGCCAUCCACACCGUGGAGGUCAUCCACGUCACUACCGAUGCCAUGGAGAUGGAAUGUAUUCCACAGAAAACGUGACAGAAAGUGUAAACCAGAGGCCAUCUGUAUGCAGUCAACAGGAUCCUAAUGCCGAAUCGCAGAGUGCAUUAUUGGGAAGAACAGCUAACCUUGAGAAACCAAGUGGAUAUACGCAACAGAACCUGCAAGAAACUGUUCGGUCGUUUCGGUGUGGACCUACGAUGAUGGAAGACACCAAUUCCAAUACGGCCUACCUCAAUCCGGCUCAUUCAAACGCUACUGAUCAGGACCGGGAAGUAGAAGUAGUGACCCACAAGGCCACAGAGGAAGACUUAGAAUCCUCUAAACCCAAUGCAUCAGAUUCAGUUAUGCUCAUCCCUAAACCUCACCAUCCUGCAAAAACCCAGGGGGAAGCUAAAGAGGCCGUGAAAUGGCUCUUUCCAGAGUUGCAUCGUCCUGACUAUGAGUACACCUCAAUGAGUGGUGAAGAAUUUAUCUCACUGUUGCAGCAGGCAUCGAGAAAGCCAGGGAAGAGGCGCACAGGGGUUCUAGCCCAUUAGUUAUAGACCCUUCUCAUGUCUGAUCUGUAAUGAUUAUACUAAUGUGAUUUUCAAACUUGUUUGCUCUACAGUUACUAAAUGCAUUGAGGUUUAAAACAUAAUUGUUUCAGUACCUGCAACCCAAUGUAUUUCAUGUCAGUAAAAUGUCAAUGUUGUGAAAAAAAAAAAUAAUGACUUUAUGACUAUGUGGAGAGACGAAUGCGUGAGGACACGCAUCAUUCAAGCGGGGUUGAGUGUGGUAUCCCCCAGAACUUACAGGACUCGUGCUCCCUUCAACUGACAUGUACAUUGCCUUAUUGUACCAGGUGCUCCAUGUAGGACCCUAUGAGAACCUGUGUAGCCCAGACUUUUUGCCAAAAAGGACAGCUGUAUACUCUGGGCUGCCAUAUAAACAGACAUAACCUGCAGCUUUACCCUUUCCCCCCUUUUUCUUGGAGCCUAGCAACAGUGGAUGGUGUGAUGGAGGACACAGCCCACACCUCUCAUCUGAUUGGCCAAUCCCUAGAGAGAACCCAGAGGAAGGGUGGAGUGAUGGAGAGAUUGGUGUGAGGACUGGGGGGUGCUGUAAGCUGGGACAGCAGAGAGGACAGCAGAACAAGCAGUGGGAUCCUGAGUGAGUUGCAGAGGCUGAGUUCCUGUGUGUCAGUUCCAGAGUAUCCUGUCAGCACUAGUAUCAUUGUGCAAGUCCCAGCAGCAACAGCAAGGAACUCCUCUGGAGAGAGAGGGAGUGAGAUCAGUGAGGUUUCAUCAGUAACAGCUCACUGCCCAUAUAAGAACAGAGGAAGUAGCAGCUACAGAGAAUGCCCUAUCCAUGCAGAGACAGUGCUGUGAAUACAGCAGCCAGAGACAGCACUGAGAGUUGAGUUGACUGCUCCCUGAACAACC